CCAACCAAAUGCCAAAAAAACCAAACGCCAUCAUUCCUUUAGAAUCAGAAUAUCAUUCCGUUCUAAUACCUAGUAUUCUAAUUAUUUAUUCAGAAUUUAGAAAGUACAACAAAACAAAAUGAGUGAAUUGGUUUGGGGUAUUAAAAAUGGAGACAUCGAUCAAGUAAAAGACAUAAUAGAGAGCAAGAAAAUCGACGUUAACGCACAAAUAGAUGGAAGAGUACCUCUCCAUUACGCCGCUGACUAUGGCCAAACUGCUGUACUGAAUUAUUUACUGGACAAGGGAGCAGAUCCAAAUAUGAUAGAUAAACAUGGCAUAUCUGUAAUUCUGGCUGCCAUUUGGGAAGGACACACAGACUGUGUGAAAACAUUACUCAAGAAUGGUGCAUCUAAAAAUGGAAAUACCCCGGAUGGCACUCCAUACAUUGAAGCUGCUGAAAAAGAUGAAAUCAAAGAACUUCUGACAUAGAAACUAUCCUUGGAGAAAUAAAAAAUAAGAUCACAUCAUUAAAAGCUUACAAGUAACUUUAUAUAAAAUGUUUUACAUGCAUUUAUUUACAAGUUAAUGAAUUAUUUUUAUAUGCAGCAUAUGAAAUAUAAGACUCAUAUGAUUUUGAUUGUGCGUCCAUUUAGUAUUAAUUCAUGUAAUUAAGGCCUAAAUCAUUUCUGGGAAAUCUUGCACCAAUUAUCUAAUUUCAAAAUCAUGCAUCUAUAAUAUGUAUUAAUUAUCUGCUGGUGUAAGUUUUCUAAGAGGCCUUGUAAUCUAAAUUUUAAGCAGAUAAAAUAUUUAAUAUUAAGAUUGAUUCCAAGUGGACAAGUAGGAUGUAAUUUUUAUUGCUAAAAUAAAAGAAAAUCAUACUCCCAAACUA